UCGCUCCUUUCCACUUCCGGUGUUCCCUACGGUCAUGGCCGCUGCGCCCGCUGCAGCCGGUGCCGGGGAGCCCAUGUCCCCAGACGAGUUGCUCCCGAAAGGGGACGCGGAGAAGACCGAGGAAGAGCUGGAAGAGGACGACGAUGACGAGCUAGACGAGACCUUGUCAGAGAGACUGUGGGGUCUGACGGAGAUGUUCCCCGAGAGGGUCCGGUCCGCGGCCGGAGCCACUUUCGAUCUCUCCCUCUUUGUGGCUCAAAAAAUGUACAGGUUUUCCAGGGCAGCCUUGUGGAUCGGGACCACUUCCUUUAUGAUCCUGGUUCUUCCUGUUGUUUUUGAGACUGAGAAGUUGCAAAUGGAGCAGCAGCAGCAGCUGCAGCAGCGGCAGAUACUUCUAGGGCCUAACACGGGCAUCUCAGGAGGAAUGCCAGGGGCUCUACCUUCGCUUCCUGGAAAAAUCUAGAUUUAUUGAUAACAUAUGACCCGUCUUGGUGAGAGAAGUUCAGACUCAGUUGUUUGAACUGCUGAUGAUUUGUUUUUGUUUUUUUUGUUUUGUUUUGUUCUGUUUUUAACUUUGGCACAUUGAUCUAAACUUGGGAGAACUCUCCCUUUGUUGUUUCAUGGAGAAUCCCAACCUACAGCUGUGCCCUCCACGCUGCCCUCACUGUCCUCCUGUCCUUGCUGAUACCAGAGUGCAGCUACGCAGACAGUUACUCCAGCUCUGACCACCCAACCCCUUUUAGUCAGCCACUCCUCUACCCCAUGGUGGGGUAGAAACCGACACCAGUGGAAGGGAUGGACCCUCCGACCCUUAAUGACUGGCUUUGGUUAUUUUUUUCUUUCCAAGAAUGGCGGUGUUGGGAAGGGUUGAGCAACACAAUAGGAAGCUGACACCAUGUGGUACAGCUGGGACCCCUGUGUGCGUUGGAGAGGGAGGCUUGUUGCAGCUUCGGCCCCAAGACGGGGAUGAUUGGGGAUAUGGGGGACGGAGCAGGGGCUCAUUUCCUCUACACAUUUUGGCUAUUAGACCUCUGUGUAAAAAGGUCAGUGCUCACUUUUUGUAUUUAAAAUUAAAAAUUAUUCAAACUCA